CUUGACUUUAUUAAAGUGAUUUCAGAAAAAAAGAAAAAAGAAAAGGCUCUGCUACAUCGUUAGUACUGAGAUGGCAUCCCAAUCCAAUAGAAAGAAGAAACCUGUGUCCAAAUCGUCAUCUUCUUCGCCCUCUCUCUCUCUCUCUCAUCACACCAGUUGACAUGCUUGGUGCAUCUCACUCAACUAUUUGGCGGCGAUUGAUUGGGGUUUAAAAAAGAUAGAUGAGGGGAUAUCAAUUGAUAAGCACUUCACAGAAGCUUUGAUUGAGACAUCACCAGCCUUCAUUUCCACUACCUUUUCAAAGCUCCGUCAAUGGCAUACUUCAACCUCUCUUUCCUCGCCCUCCUCCUCCUCCUCCUGCCCCCACUCGCUCUCCUUCUCAUCCUCUACCUCAUAGUCCGGCCCCGCUCUGUCAAGAUCCCAAUCAAGAACCGCCACGUGUUCAUCACCGGAGGUUCCAGCGGAAUCGGGCUGGCAUUGGCCCAUCAGGCCGCCUCCGAGGGUGCCCGAGUCUCCAUCCUCGCCCGCUCCAUCGACAAGCUCGAGGAAGCAAAGAAGUACAUCCAACUCUCCACGGGCAUUGACGUGUCGAUCUUCUCUGCUGACGUUCGUGACUACGAUGCAGUAUCAAAAGCGGUGGAGGAGGCAGACCCCAUUGAUGUGCUGAUUGUCAACCAAGGGGUCUUCGUCCCUGAAGAACUCGAGAAGCAGGGAUUGGAUGAGGUGAAGUUCAUGGUGGACGUAAAUCUGAUUGGCAGCUUCAACAUGAUCAAAGCUGCUUUGCCCAAAAUGAAGAAAGGAGACAGUAUACCCCGUUCGAUUGCUCUCAUGUCUUCCCAAGCUGGUCAAGUUGGUAUCUACGGCUACACAGCUUACUCUGCGAGCAAGUUUGGGCUUCGUGGGUUGGCCGAAGCUCUGCAACAAGAGGUGAUAUCUCAUGAUAUUCAUGUUUCUCUUAUAUUCCCUCCGGACACAGACACCCCUGGUCUCACAGAAGAGAUGAAAAAGCGGCCGCAACUGUCUAGGAUUAUAGCAGAGUCAUCAGGGAUGAUGAAAGCUGAAGAAGUUGCAAAGAAGGCUUUUAAGGGGAUCAAGUCUGCUGCUUUUAUUGUGCCUUGUAACCUUGAAGGGGCGUUGCUGUCUAUUGCCACUGCUGGGAUGUCUCCUCAGAGAUCGUUUGUUAUGGCAUUUGUUGAAGUGGUUGCUGCUGGUUUGGUUCGUCUUGUUGCUCUGUUUUUUCAGUGGAAUUGGUAUAAUGGUAUACACACGUGGCAUGCACAGAACAAAAGGGCCUGAACUUGGUGCAUUGUAAGGGCACUUCUUACACUGCAGCUGUUGGUUGCGGGAUACUUUGGUUCUUCGAGUCACUGACCUUCACAGAAGGUGGUUUUGGCUAUCGAAUUCGCACCGAGCAUCGCUUAGCAUUUGGUAUUUGGUACUGCUUGAGGAAACUUGUUUUUUUACCUCCACCAUUCUACCUUAAAUUAAGACUGUUAUCGUUCCAGGGCAUUUGGUAUGUUAAAUCUUCAUUGCUGACUCUGAUGGAUACCUGGAGUUGUGAAAUAAUUCUACGGAUCAAACGCUUUGGAAUUUCGGGUUUGUUUUUUAAAACCUAUAUUCAAAAGAAUUAAUUACAAA